AUGAAUAGAAGAUUAUCAUCAGAACAAGACAAUUUAAGAACAAAAAGAGCAUUAAUGAGAUAGUAAAUAAAUCAAUCACAUCGAGUUGAUAGAGAAUUUGAAAUUGAUGAACGAUUUAAUUCAGUUUCUAUGUUUAUAAAACAUGAUGAAUUCGAAAUUGAUGAAUGUGAAUAUUAUGAUCAUUAGACAUGGGAACGAUUAGAUAGAUUUGAUUAAGUAUUGCCAAAUUAAAGGAACAAUUGUUCUUGGGUUAUAUAUGAAGAUUUUUUGUAUAUCUUUGGUGGUUUUACAUUUAAUGGAAGAUUAGAUGAUGUUCAUAGAUAUUCAUUUAGUUCUAAUUAAUGGUAACAUCUAAAUACAACAGGAUAGAAGCCAAGUGCUAGAGAAAAUAAUGGAGCAAUUUAAUAUAAAGAUCAUAUGUAUGUAUUUGGUGGUUGUGAUGGAUUAUUAUGGUUGAAUGACUUUUAUUCACUUAAUCUUAAGACACUUUUAUGGAAAAAAAUUGAACCUACUGGUUAAUGUCCUUCUGAAAGGUUUGGUAUUGCUUGUGGUGCUUAUUAAACUAAAAUGCUGAUUUUUGGAGGAUGUGAUGGUAAUCAUUAUCUUAAUGAUGCAUAUGUUUGGGAUUUUGAAGAAUAAGUGUGGAAUAAAUUAUAAUUAAUAGGAGAUGUUCCAUCUGCUCGUUCUUGUCCAUCUUAUAGUACAUUAAAUAAUUAUAUAUAUAUAUUUGGUGGAUUUGAUGGGGUUAAUAGAUUAAAUGAUUUUUAUAAAUUAAACAUUUUCUCAGGAAAAGUUAAAAGAAUAAGUUAACAUGGUACAAUUCCAUGUCCAAGAUAUGUAAUAUUUUUUAAAUAUUUGAUAGUUUCAUACAUCAGAAGUUUAUUAAAAUAAAUUAUUAUUAUUUGGAGGAUUUAAUGGAUAGGCAAGAUUAAAUGAUUUAUAUGAAUUUGAAUUUGGNUGA